AUGGCAGACAAGCUAGAAACACAGCCUCCGGCGGUCACCGUUUACGAGCUCAGCUACCCAGCGCCCUACGUGCUCCUCGUGACCAUCAACCGCGAAAAGGCCAUGAAUGCCAUCCACACAGACGGCCACUACGAGGGAGAGCGGCUCUUCCAGUGGUUCGACGACGAGCCGUCGCUGCGGGUGGCCGUCAUCACUGGCAAGGGGAAAAAGGCAUUCUGCGCCGGUCAGGAUCUCAAGAUGCUGAUGGAGAGGCAGCUCUCCGGGGAGCAGUCCAACGUGCCCGCUCUGCCGGCGACGGGUUUUGGCGGUCUCAGCAGACGGCUGGGGAAGAAGCCCGUGAUUGCCGCCGUCAACGGGCUGGCUCUGGGUGGCGGCUUCGAGCUGGCCUUGAACUGCGACAUGGUCGUCGCUUCCCCCACGGCGACGUUUGGCCUGCCCGAGGUCAAGAGGGGCGUAUGGGCCGGCGCUGGCGGCAUCCCGCGCGUGGUGCGCAUCUUUGGCAUGCAGCUGGCGUCGGAGAUUGUGCUGGCGGGGCGCACGCUGACGGCGGAGGAGGUCAAGCAUCACGGCUUCGCGCGCAUCGCCGCCUCGCAGGAGGUCGUGGUGCCCGAGGCGGUGGCGCUGGCACAACAGAUCACGGAGGCGUCGCCGGACGCCAUCAUCAUGAGCCGCGCGGGUCUGCGGGAGGCGUGGGAGACGGCCAGCGUCGAGAGGGCGGCGCAGAUCAUGGACGAGCGGUACAUGCGGCAGCUGGUGAAUGGCGAGAACAUCAAGCUGGGGUUGAUGGCGUUUGUGGGCAAGGAGAAGCCGCAGUGGGUGCCGUCCAAGAUGUAG